AUGGACGUCCCGCUGGACGCAGGCCCUGCGACGGACGGGGUCCGAAUCUUGGCAACUCGCACGGUCGUGGUACCGCCAAUCCCCCCGCGACACUUUCGUUCCAUCCUGUUGGAAUCCGCACAAUCGCCAUGCGCAACGCAAGAUCCGAAUCGAACGGCGAUGCACUUGCUAUAUGCCGACAAGGAAAUGGCGCUGGUACAGUACUACGGCUUGCCGGGGUACGUCCGGGAAAAAUGGAACGCACGGAACCCCACCGUAUCACUCACUGCCACGCCCAUGGCGUCGUCGUCGUCCUCUUCAUCCAAGACCACCAGCGAUUCACCAGUCCCCCCAACUCCAAAUGCUUUGUCAUCCUCACCGACAAAAGCCAAAAUUGCCUUUGUCAUCACGGCGAGCCGGAAGGAAGAAUUAAUUACCCGCUUGGGAUACACGCCCGAUGCCGUCAAGAAAUUGACACCGUUGCAAGCCAGUUUGAUACUCCAACACGACGUGACCCCCGCGACACAAGCUACCCAGUUGCCACCAUUGGAACGCGCAUACGAGGAUGAAACGGCGGCGCGGGCUGCGGCGGAACGAGCCCGUGUUCCCGAUGCCCCCGCCGCUCCGUCCGACGCCGAUACCCAGCCAUCCGUUUCGCCCACACAACCAUCGAGCGAGUUGGAGCCGUCGUCACAGGCAACCGCGUUGAUGUCCGUUGACGACCAUUCUACCCCAAAGUACGACGAAACCCAAGGCAGCUUGGUGACGAAUCCAGCAAAUGUUGCAAUCCAAAAAGCCGCUCCGUCCUCGGUACCGACCGCAUUCACCUUUCUCAGCCAAAACGAACUCUACAAUCCUCCCGUCCAUUCCGGAGGUAGUCUAUUGGACAAGCGCGACCAAUCAACCUCAUCGGUAACCGCCAGCAAAACGUGGUACCAGGUAGUGGCCGUGUACGAGAACGACCCAGGCAGUAGCGACCGCCAACACGACGACACGGCGUCAUCCAGCGAAGAACCCGUUGGUCUCUACCAAUCCUUCGAGGAAGCCAAACUCGGCAAAGCCACCUUCGAACUCUUUUCGUCCCGCCGCAUGGCGGAACGCCGUUCCAACUACACGACGCGAUACGAAAUUCGGACCGUGGUCAAAUAG